GUCAACGAUUGCAUCCUCACACAUCUCAAGAAUCACUGCCAUGGACAUCAUGCUUAAUCCAACAUCCUCUUCCUUUGCCCAUCAAUGGUCUUAUGAUGUUUUCCUCAGUUUUCGAGGUGAGGACACCCGCACCGGUUUUACUACAAACCUUUUCAAUGCUUUGGAUGAAAAGGGAAUCCACACCUUCAUGGAUGAUGAAGAGCUGAGGAAGGGAGAAGAAAUCACACAAGCUUUGUUGAAGGCAAUUCAAGAAUCUAGGAUUGCCAUUAUCAUUUUUUCACCAAACUAUGCAUCAUCAACUUUUUGUUUACAAGAACUUGAGGAUAUCAUGGAUUGCUUAAAUCACAAGGACAAGUUGGUUUGGCCUGUUUUUUAUAAAGUGGAUCCAUCCGAUGUGCGAUAUCAAAAAGGAAGUUAUGCAGAAGCCCUGGCCAAACAUGAAAGCAGAAUUAGUGACAAGGACAAAGUCAACAAAUGGAGGUCAAUUUUGCAAGCAGCAGCUAAUUUAUCGGGAUGGCAUUUCAAAGACGGGUGCGAAUGUGAAAUCAUUGGAAAGAUCAUUCAAGAAGUCUCUAAAAGGAUCAACCGUAACACUUUACAUGUUACUCAUUACCCAGUUGGGUUAGAGUCUCGCGUCCAAAAGGUGAAGUCACUUCUUGAUCUUGAGUCAAAUGAUGAAGUCCACAUGGGAGGGAUUUAUGGAAUAGGGGGAAUUGGAAAGACAACACUUGCUUGUGCAGUAUACAAUUUCAUUGCUCAUCAAUUUGAAGGCCUUUGUUUUCUUGCCGACAUUGGAAAAAAAAUAAUGGAGCAUGAGCUAGUACAACUUCAGGAAAAACUUCUUUCUGAUAUAGUUGGAAAGAAAGACACCAAGUUGGGGAAUAUAAAGCAAGGAAUUCCAAUAAUUAAAAGUAGGCUAAGUAAAAAGAAAGUUCUUUUAAUUUUGGAUGAUGUUGACAAAUUGAAGCAAUUAGAAGUACUUGCAGGUGGACUAGAAUGGUUUGGUCCUAGCAGCAGAAUUAUUAUUACCUCUAGAAAUAAGCAUUUGCUACGUGUUCAUGGUGUUGAAAGAACCUAUGAAAUGGAAGGAUUAAAUCAAGAAGAGGCCCUUGAACUGUUCAGUUGGAAUGCUUUCAAAAGAAAGCGGGUUAAUCCUGGUUAUCUGGACAUUUCAAAGAGAGUAUUGCAACAUUCUAAUGGCCUACCAUUAUCUCUGGAAAUAAUAGGCUCUGAUUUAUACGGUAAGACAGAAUUGGAAUGGAAGUCAGCAUUAGAUACUUAUGAAAGAAUUCCUCAUGAAGAUAUUCAACAAAUCCUAAGAGUAAGCUAUGAUGGCUUAAAGGAAUUUGAAAAGGAAAUAUUUUUAGACAUUGCUUGUUUCUUUAAAGGAUACCGUCUGAAUGAUGUCAUAAGCAUACUACACAGUGGUCGUGGCUCUGCCCCAAAUUAUGCUAUCCAGGUGUUGGUUGAUAAAUGUCUAAUAAAGAUUGAUCUAGAUUGUGUGAAAAUGCAUGAUUUGAUUGAGGAUAUGGGUAGAGAGAUUGUACGGCUUGAAUCACCCUCUAAACCAGGUGAACGCAGUAGAUUAUGGUUCUUUAAAGAUAUUCUUCGUGUUUUCAAACAGAGCAAGGGAUCCGAUAAAACUGAGAUCAUCAUGCUACACUUGCCUAAAGUUAAAGAAGUGCAAUGGGAUGGAACCGCAUUGGAGAAGAUGGAAAACCUUAAAAUAUUGGUGGUAGAAAAUGCUCACUUUUCUAGAGGACCUAGUGUUCUCCCAAAAAGUUUAAGAGUGCUAAAAUGGACUGCAUAUCCUGAAUCAUCCUUACCUGCUAAUUUUGAUCCAAAGAAACUUGUCAUAUUGGACUUGCCUAUGAGUUAUUUUACAUUCGCGGAUCAAGUGAUCAUGAAAUUCAAGUCUUUGAUGGAAAUGAACUUAAGUGGAUGCGAAUUACUAAAGAAAAUGCCUGACAUGUCUGGAGCACCAAAUCUGAAGAAACUGGAUCUUCAAUGUUGCAGAAACUUAGUUGAAAUUCAUGACUCCGAUGGAUUGCUUAAUAGACUUGAAUGGUUGAACCUUCAUAAUUGCACAAGUCUCACGAGUUUUCCAGAAAUUUUAGGGAAGAUGGAAAAAAUGCGUUUCCUUGAUUUGAGUGAUAGUGGUAUACGUGGCUUGCCUUUUUCAAUUGGAAAUCUAGUUGGACUCAAAUACCUGUAUCUCGAUGGAUGCAAAUGGCUACUUGAACUACCAAGUAGUAUUUUUACGCUGCAACUUAAGCGUUUGGAAGCUAAGUAUUGUGAGAGGCUUGCUCUAGUUCAGAAUGGGGAAGGUCAAGGUCAAGAAAUAAUGUCUUCAAGUGCCAACUCUAUGAGUUAUAUUAAUUUUGAGUGUUGUUAUCACUUGACAGAUCAAUUUCUUUGCCCAGUUCUUCCUUGGAUGCGCAAUGUAACAAUCCUAUCCCUUAAUUACAGCAAUAUCACAAUCCUUCCAUCAUCCAUCAGUGUCUGUCUCUCCUUGAAAGCACUUUAUUUGAAUGGAUGCAAGCGGCUUCGAGAAAUCAGAGGCCUUCCACCAAACUUUAAAAUUCUUUCAGCUUUCAAUUGCCUAUCUUUAUCUUCCGAAUCUAAUGAAAUGUUACUGAAUGAGAGACUACACGAGAAUAGGGGCAGAAGUUUCAUAUUUCCAGGAUCAAGUAUGCCAAGUUGGUUGAAUUGCAGUAGCAAGGGUCCAUCCUUGCGUUUCUGGUUUCGUAACAAGUUCCCGCCAAUUACUCUAUGUGCUGCUGGACUUCACCCUCGCUCUAUGAGACACCUGAUGGUUAAUGGCAUAUUACAGAUACCACUAAUUUUCACGGGUGGAGAUGGUUGGAAGCAGUAUGAGACAAAUCAUACUUUUGUGUAUGAUGGGCUCGAAAUAGGAGAUAUUGAAAAUGAAGGAUUACGUGUUAGGAAUGGAUGGAAACUUGCUGAGAUUGUUCUGUUGCCUGAUGUAAGAGGAAAAGAUAUAGAAUGGAUGGGAAUACGUGUACUGGAACAAAAAACAAACAUGACAGAUAUUCGAUUUAUAAAUCCCCACUUUUCAAUAGCAGAGAAAGAACUCUGGAAUGAAGAAGGAAGUGGCAGUGGAAAUGUGCUUCCUUUAUCAAAUAAAAGACCAAAAUUUCAAUAGGCCACUCUGCCAAGAGGUAACAUUCCUCGAAUAUGGAACUUAUGUUGAUGUCCUGUACAUGAAGAUGACGAGAUGUAAUUUAAAAGUUUGUUUUUUAUUAUUUUUUCAUGUAAAAUAUAUAGUGUUCUUAAUUUUUACUUAUUUGAACAUAAAAAGUACAAAAUGUUUUUAUUUUUGUUGACUUCGAUCUUAUUUUUGUUUUACAAAAUUAUAACUGGAACAUUAUCUUCGGGUCAUUACAUUUAGAUUUUAAAUGAUCAAAUAAUUAGAAAAUUGAGGAGAAAAAAAACUCUCAAAUUUGA